UUUAUAAAAAUAAACGAAGCACAUACAGAAGUGAAAAAAGAGUAAAAACAGGACAAAUAAAGAAAUCAGUCCUUCCCCCCUCCCUUCAUCCCAUUUCUACGAUCAAUCUCUACUAUUCCUCUCAAACUGCCACCACUACUGCCUCUCUCUCUUCGUCUACAAGCAACUUUCACUUCCAAAACCAGUAGCAGUUGAAAAUCAAAUCAUUGAACUUAUGAAACCCUAAAAUUCGUCAACAUGAGUAUCGAGCCUUUCAAUAGGCUUGUGAAGCUUGCGGCUCGAGCAUUUUAUGAUGAUAUAACAACAAAAGGAGAUAAUCAACCCAAAACGGGACGGAGUGAUAAUAGGGGCAUCGCUGUGGUAGUGCUUGACGCUCUCACUAGACGACAAUGGGUAAGGGAAGAAGAUUUGGCCAAGGAGUUGAAAUUACACUCGAAGCAACUUCGUCGGACUCUGCGGUUUUUCGAGGAAGAAAAACUCGUGACCCGGGAUCAUAGGAAAGAGACGGCUAAGGCUGCGAAGAUGCAUAAUGCUGCAGUAGCUAACACUACUGAUGGGCAUAGAACCAAGGAGGGAGAUGACAAGAUCAAGAUGCACACUCACUCUUAUUGCUGUCUAGAUUAUGCACAGAUAUAUGAUGUUGUUAGGUACAGACUGCACCGCAUGAGGAAAAAGCUGAAGGACGAGUUGGAAGACAAGAACACUGUUCAAGAAUACACAUGCCCCAACUGUGGAAGAAGAUACAAUGCUUUGGAUGCUCUGCGCUUGAUGUCUCUAGUUGAUGAGUACUUCCACUGUGAGAAUUGUGAUGGGGAGCUUGUAGCUGAGAGUGACAAGUUAGCUGCCCAAGAAGGUGGAGAUGGAGAUGACAAUGCUAGGAGGCGGAGGCGUGAAAAAUUAAAAGACAUGCUUCAGAAAAUGGAGGUACAACUUAAGCCAUUAAUGGCUCAACUUAGCAGGGUGAAAGAUUUACCUGUCCCUGAAUUUGGGAGUCUUCAAGAAUGGCAAAUUCAUGCAAGUGCUGCUGGGCGUGCUGCAAAUGGUGAUUCUAGUUCCAAUGAUCCCUCCAGAUCUUCUCAAGGGUAUGGUGGAACACCAAUGCCAUUUCUGGGAGAGACAAAGGUUGAAGUUUCGUUUUCUGGUGUUGAAGGCAAGGAGGAUCUCAAAUCUGAAACUGCAAGUGCCGGUCUGAAAGUUUUACCACCAUGGAUGAUCAAGCAGGGAAUGAACCUUACGAAAGAGCAACGUGGAGAGGUCAAGCAGGGGUCUAAGAUGGAUGACAUUUCAGCAGCAGCAGAGCCCUCAGAUGACAAAAAGAUUUCUAUUGAGAAUGAUGACAAGAUAAAGGAUGAGUAUGUUAAAGCUUAUUAUGCUGCUCUGCUUCAGAAACAACGAGAAGCAGAAGAAUCUGCUGAGAAACAACAGGAAUUGUUACAGACAUCCAUCUCCAAUGGUUUUUCCAAAUCAUCUUCUGAUCGUCAAGUGGGCAUGAAAUCCAAACAUGAGGAGGAUGAUGAGCCAGAUGAUGACGUUGAAUGGGAAGAGGCUCCAAUUGGAGGCAACACAAGUGAAGGUUUUAAGGUUAAUGACUUAAAUGCUGAAGCUCCUGCUUCUGGAGAGGAUGACGAUGAUGAUAUAGACUGGGAAGAAGGUUGAGCAAACACUGCUUUUGCAUUCUCCAUCAGCUUAGGCACCAUAAAAUUGUUGUAAAACAUAUGAUGUUCAAGUUGGCUAAAGUUUACCUGGAUAUGGUUUUUUCUGUAGAUUUUUGUUUUGAUUGAACACUAAAGAAGCUCUAGACAUUAGUACUGAAAACAACUGCAAGAGCUGAUCCUUGCAUGAUGGAGAGGACCUCUGUGUCAAGUGGUGGGACUUUCGUGUUCGUUUCAGCAGCUCAUGUAAAACUGCAUUACAUUGUAUAUUGGCUCUCUUGGUGAAAGCUGAAACUGUGAAAGACAUUUCCAA